AUGGAUCAAAACAAAGAAAGCCAUUAUAUCAAAUUUGCUGGUGCUAAUGGACUAUAUUACAUACCAGGGAGUACCUGCGAUUUUGAUUUACUUGGUUUUAUUCCUUCAGAUAAAUCACUUCAACUCGUCAGCAUAACACCAAUAAAACACUUAUCUGGUAGUAAAGCUUUGCUUCAAAUGGCUCCAUCUAUGCUUGAAAAAGAUAUGGAUGGCCUCGUUCUUGGUGAUGGACAAUAUGUACUUCGAGCUUUCAAGCAAAAUGAAUUAUAUUUACUAUGCCUUUGCAAACCAACAUUACCACUAUUCCCUGGAGCGUUAUUUGAUGGCCAAUACUUUAUAAAACCUUUUAACAUUUUCAAUGGUUCAUCAAACCAGUAA